AUGGGCGAUCUCGCGCCGGAUGAGUGCGACAGCGGAGGCGGGCGGGGAGUGAGCGCGGGACGUGCAGCGGGUAGAGGGCGGAGGGCGAGGGGGAGGGGGGCGGGGCGGGGCGCUGGGCGGCGAGGGGCGGAGAGGGAGAUGGACGACGCGAGGGUGAUGGCGGGAUGGGGCGAUGGCGGGAUGGGGCGAUGGCGGGAUGGGGUGAUGGCGGGAUGGGGCGAUGGCUGGAUGGGGCGAUGGCGGGAUGGGGCGAUGGCGCGGAUGGGGCGAUGGCGGGAUGGGGCGAUGGCGGGAUGGCGGCGUGAUUGGUGUGGUUUGACUAAUCAACCGUGGAAUAUCCUCUGCCUUCUCACCUUUCUAUCCUUCCCUUCCCUUGGCCCCUGCGACUCCGUGGCGGCGUGGGCGUGUGCGCGGCUGGGCGAGCUCAAGAGGGCACUGAUGAGGCGAGCCAUGUUGGCAGUGCAUUGCGAGUUUUUGCUUUGGUCUGCCUCUCCUUCAUCAUCAUGUUCCUCCCCCUCUCCUCCCACUCCCCCCCAUUGCAGUGUGGCGGCGUGGGCGUGUGCGCGGCUGGGCGAGCCCAAGAGGGGGCUGAUGAGGCGAGCCGUGCAUGCACUGGGGGGAGACGCCGUCAGGGGGAUGGUGGCGGAGGUGGACGCGGUGCAGCGCUGUGGAGGCCAGCUCACGGCGGACGGCAAGAGGCGCCGCACUCCGGGCGGCGUGUUCUGGAACAUUCUGAGGGCGCGAGUCAGCGCUGACGUGUACAACGAAAUCAUGGCCGAGGAGAGAGAGUUGCAGAAGCGAAGAGAGCGAGGGCAGGCGAGCAAGAAGAGGAAGCGGCACUGGCAGCACAAGGGAGGAGAGGCCGUUGGUGGGUCCAUUUGUGGAGCCACCGCUGCUUGUGGCGGUGCUGACAGGGAGGGCAUGGAAGCCAUGAGCCUCUCACUUGAGGGCUGCACUCGUGAUGAUGAUCGGCCACAUGCUGCUGACGAUGCUGCUGCAGCUGCUGACGUGGCACAGGGUCGUGGGGCCAGGUGGCAAGCAAGCAGUGGCGUGUGUGUUCGAGGGGAUGACAGACAGCACAUGGAGCAUGGUGUGACGGUGGGGAAAGGGGGCAUGGUUGAAGAUAGCAGGGUAGAAGUUAGGGGCGUGGGAGAGCAGGUGCAGUGUGGUGAGGGGAGGGCUGCAGGCCUGGUGGGGGGGAGAGAAGAGGAGGGGGUAGCGGAGGGGGAUAUUGAAAAACGGGAUGGGGAUGGAAGGGGGGACGGAGAAGAGGUUGUUGCAGGCGUUGUGGAAGGAGGGGUGCUGCAUGCAUGGCGCUGUGCUGUUAUGCCUGGUAAGGGCGCUGGGGAGGGGUGGGAAGAGGGCGAGGAGGGCGAGUGGCAUGAAGGCGAUUGUGACACUGUUGGUCGGGGCGUGCUUACUGGAGAGGCUGGGUUGAAAGUAGGUGUUGUGGAUAACGUGGUAGCCAAUGGUGUGGGUGACGUGGCAGCUAAUGGUCUGGGUGACGUGGCUAAUGGUGUGGGUGACGUGGCAGCCAAUGGUGUGGGUGACGUGGCAGCCAUUGGUGUGGGUGACGUGGCAGCCAAUGGUGUGGGUGCCAUUCACGAGAGGGAAAGCGAGGAGGAUCCGAUGGAGGUGGAUGGUGAGUGUGGGGAGGCGGUGUGCAUGCCAGUGCCCCCUUGUGUGGGAGAGCAGCGUGAGAGUGAUCAGCAUGAGGUUGAUCAAAGAGGAGCGGGGGCUGAGGCUCGUGCAGGUGUGAGCGUCAGAGCAAAGGGUGGCACUGCAGAGAUUGCAGCGCUGUCAUGCAGGGGCGUGGAGAGAGGUGGCACGCCUGGGGCGGCUGCUGCACUGCCAGGCGUGCGCAAGGCACAGGGCGGAGAGCAGCGAGUGUCUGUGAAGCAGCGGCUGCGCGUGCCAGUCAAGUAUGAUGACAUGCCGGGCACAGUAGAGGAAGUUGUGGAAGGCUCUGCCGUGUGA